AGUACAACUGUUCGUUCUUGUCCCUUAGAGACGCCCUCAACGGACUUCGUAGCAGACUUCUGAUUUUCUUGGUGUUUGCACGGGUACCGCCAGUAAUAAAACUGGUGGGGUGGCUACGAACCGAAAUUGUAUACACCGUUGUUUUGGGUUGUCGACGCAUAUCCCGCACGGUGGUCCGUCUGCGCGCAGCAAGUGAUCUCAAUCAUUGCCCUCCUAUGCAUUCUUUUCUCUUUUAAACUCUGACCGAUUUAGAAAAAGGUCGACGCUCUCGGAAAAAGAAGGAGGAGGGUGAUGCGGCGUCACCGUCCGUUGCAGUCGUUUUACGCGUCACGCGAAGAGGAGGCGGAGCCGUCCGGUAAGUUCGAUCGCGCCUCUCCGUUUCACAGCGACAGUGACGUUACGCGCGUCUUAUCGUCCCUCGCUGCUGCAGAGGCGUCACUUCAUGCGUCGCACCAUGUAAGAGAGGCAAAGCGCAGCAACCUACGCUCGCGCAGCCGAGAGGCCACUGGACACAACGUCAGCACUUCUCACAUCGACUGCUCUCCUAUUCCAUUCUAUUCGGAACCGACGUCCUCCCUCGGCGCUCAGUCCACGCCGUCGAGUGCGUCCGCUACGCGAACGUCGGCUCCACCGACGGCCUUUUACGAUGGGCCAUCGAUGCGCGACAGCAUCCCAGCACUCCUGCUGCAACUGACGAACCCCACGUCGUCGUCUUUUACACCACUCGGAGCAAAAACACGAAGACAGCAGCAACAACAAAGCCAACAUUCGCCAAAGGGACCACAAGGCGCUGCUACGGACGUUGCGCCUGCUGUUCGCACAACGGGUUCGUCGAGGACAGCCCCUGUGGACAACGUGGCGUUGCUGCACCCUAUCGUUGUCUCUGAGCAGAAGUGGCCCCAAGGUGUUACGGCCGCGCAGGCUCUGGAGUCCUACGCCGCAGCACGAAGAAAAUCAUCGUCCGCCAGUGUCGUGAACGACUACGACGCAAGUGGCGAUGCCGGUUUGCGAGAGAGCAGUGGCGUGAUGCCGCAACAUGAACGAGGACAAGAGGAAAAACCUUUUUCUGCUAUCAGAGGUAGCUUACGUAGAACCCGAAGCAGCUCGAAGGAAGAUGCGAAUAGACCUCUGCAGCCGUUCAACGAGCGAGGGGGGAUGCGCUAUGUGGUGGUGCAGCAGCCGGUUGCCGUUCACGCAGCCGCCCAUGAACCCCCAACCAUCUCGACGCCGCUGGAGGGCACCAACGGGUUGCCUUCGGCCCCAGCAAGAGCGACGGCGAAUCUGGAACGUGCGACGAUCCCAGUUCCAGAAACGUUAGGGCCGACGUCGUCUCGACCCAGUUCGGCAACACACAGUCGUAGCAGCACUAGUGGUGACGCCAGCAGCUCGCGCAGGCUUAGUCGGAUUGCAGAUGGUGGCGAUUUAAGUGGCGCCCAGCGAUCGUGUUUCCAACGGCAAACCGCACAACACACUCAGCAGGCAGCGAGGUCUGCGCCAACGCGCCCUUUACCCAGAAAUGCCGCCCUAUCUUUAGCUAAUGACGAGGCUCCUGCCGCUACGCUCUACGGAAGGGAGGACGUGCCACCCGACGCUUCUCCGUCGCCCGCCCUCACUCGACCUGCGGCGAUCCACACAACCGGCGGCAGUGACCAGAAGUCGCACGUGGAUCUUCACUCAGCUCGCCCGCCCCUUACAGAGUCAGUCGCUGAGAGGGCAUCACGUUCGUCUGCGUCCGACGUUUCCUCAGCCCGCAUGCGCAAUCUUUUCGCCUCUGUCUUGGACAGAACAGGAACGGCCAGCGCGGUUGGCAGUCGUACCAGCAGCGUCGGCACAAUCGCGUCAACGCCGCUGCGCGCUUCCAAUGCGCCUUUCUUACAGGCCAAGGCGAUCGGGAUACCGCACAUCCCUGCGGAGGGCUUCCACUAUCAAAAGCACGCCCCCGCAGCUGCGUCUCCUCCGGCUUCUAAGCCGUCACCGCGAGCUUCUGUGGCUGGUGGUGUGGAGAGUCGAGGGACGAGUCCUGCCGUACACGAGCCGCACCAAACAACAGAGUGGCCUCCGUCGCUCGUUGCGAAGGCGCCGUUUGCGGAAGCAGUCAUGGAAGGCGGAGACCCUUUGGUGCUGCGACACACGAUUGACUACCUGCUGCAGAAGGCGCGGCGCUUGGAGAAGGACAACACGGAGUUGUGGAGGCAGACGCACAGCUGGAAUCCACAUCGCACUGUUACCCUUUCAGGGGCUUCCGCCGAGACGAUGAAAGUGUCGCUGCUGCCGUCGCGUUUGGCCGUUGCACCUCGGAAAACGCUGCGUUCAUCUGCUUCUGUUGGGACAUCACACGCGCGGACUACGCAUCGUACAGCAACUGUGGCCACCACCCAAGCGAUACAGGAGCUGCCACGGCGGCAGCAGCCCCGCAUUCUCAUACAGCGCCAGCGCCGCACCAUCGCGGUGGGCCGAUCAAACUCUUCCGUUGCCUCUGCGUCAUCGACGCCUUCGCUGUCCUCCUCCUCUGCCGCCUCAACGCCGGUGGGGUCCCCCUGCAGCCACAACAACGGUGUAGAACGACAGGAGAUCGAUGAUAACGCAUGUGCAGCGCGUCUUGCAACCCAUCGCAGUGUCUCGGUGUCCACCGCAGCGAGGGACGAGGACACCGCGGCGCCCGACACGCGCAGUGAGAAGUUGGCACGCGCGUCAGCAACCGUGAUGAUGCAACAGCAUAAAUCGCUGCGUUUGAGCGACAGCCCGCGCUCCAGUACCUCGCCGCAUCGGAAUCGUCAUGCCGAUGCGGAAGUGGUGCGGCGUGUAGAGGCGGCGGUGCAGCAUCCGCGUGUGUCUCGCGACAUCGGCACAGUAGUCGCAUUGUCACAGCGCUCGCUUUCACAGCAGUCAAACAAGGCAUCGCAAGGCACACAGCACGUCCCUGAUCGCACUGCAUCGCAACCUUCACUUUUGUCUCUCCGCACCCCGCCGCUAUGCAGCGUCCGCCUUCGCGAGGCCACCGACAAUCCUGUCGACGCUCUCGCCGCCACGCCACUCGCGUCCACCAUGCGCAGCCAGCACAGUGUGGAGAGUCGACGCUCGACCGGCUCGAUGACGUCGCACAUGUUGCCGGUGGGCAUCUCUGUUCUCGAGACACAGCAGGCGCAGGGCGGCCAAAGCAGUUCUUUCGUCCACCACCUCCGUCACCAGUCGCACCAAACGCCAAGCACGACGGAGCGCUUGGCUGCUUCGCCGGGGAAUUCUCUCACUUCGAACCCUUCCCUUGGACUUCCUCCCACCUGCAACAAGCAAGUGCAAACCGCCAGCAUCGUCUCGCCAGGCGAAGACGACAGUGACGGCGAAACGCUUUUCGAGUCAAACGUCGGUGGUGAGGCGACCACUCCGUCAGCGGAGCGCACGUCUAUCAUUGAGUUACACACGUCCGCCGCGUACAACCGCAGCACGGUGCGCCGCCUGCGAGCCUACUGCAGCUCCUUGGAGGCCACACGACAGCAGCUGCGCCGCCGCAUCGCGACCCCGCCUAUCUCGCGGUCCACCUUCUUGGCUACGUCGGCUGCCGGUCCCGCAGGCGGCGGUGGGUCACGCGUGUUUACGCCCUCCAACCGCUCCUCCUCGCGCAGCCCCUUCCCCCUGCCGCUAGCACAGUCUAGUGCGAUGUACGACAAGGCGGGCACGUUGGCAACUCAGCCGGCCGCACCCGCACUGCCGCCUCCGACGUUGAGUCGGCCGAUUUUUCAGUCCGAGUACGCCGACCCUGAGGUAGACGCCACGCUGCACGACGUCGAAGAGACGUCCGCGGUGGAGACGAUGAUUGUGUUGCAGGAAGAUGGCAUGGGCACGGUGACGAAGCGCGUGGUGUACGACUCCCCCUCGCGGGGCUCCGCCUCGGUCGGAGGGCGGUCGCCAUCGCCCACCUCGCAUCAUCAUCACCAGCAGCAGCGGAAACAACAGAGCGGCAGUAUCAUGGCCUCUUCCUUGACCAGCUACCGCGACGGACCCGAUGCAGACAGCGCGUACCCGUCGUCGGUGCGUGUCUUUCCACAGGUGCAUCGGCAGGGCUCAGGCCCAGGCUCCGCCGGCGCCGGUGACCCGCACGACAGCCAGCACACCCCAGCGCACAGCCGGUUCCGCACGCACGACAACGCCUACAGCAAUUUUAGCGCCUCACUGCGGAGUGAUGGGAAUGGGCAGGACGUGGUGCCGCUCGUGCGUUUGGGCAAGUCGUUGCGGUCCGACUCCGCGGCUUCAUGGGCGCUGUCGGACCAGAAAGACGUUCGCUCGCCCGACUGCGCACCUUUUGCGCUGGCCUCCACCACGUCCUUCCCCGCCGACGAUGCAGCGAGAGGUCGCUUUGCGGUUCCGUCGCCCUCUGAGUCGCAGGCGAAGGAAGAGGAAGCGGAGGAGAGGCAGCCACCGCAGCCGCCGAUCCCCGCGGCACCCGUGCGGUCUUCACUGCUGCCGCGUUCCUCCGUACAGAAGGCGGAACUCCGAACCACAGGGACGAAAUCGAUACCCGCGUCCGUCGACAGGCGACACAUGCACAUGCUCGACCCGCACGCCGACACACAGCGGGCGGGCAGCACGCACUCGCAGCGCUUCGAGGUGCGUGCUGUGAACGUGUCCGAUGCGGAGGUACGUGACGUCAGCAGCAGCGGCAGUAGUCACGAGAGUCGAAGCUACAGCAGCGGCAGGAGUAAGUCGCAGCCGGCGGAGUCGGACCGCACACCUGUGUCUGUGAGUGCUGCCUAUACAAACGCAUCGACUCCGCCUCCGCUUCUACCGGCAUCUGCGCCAGCAGCGAUGUGGAACCCCCAAGCAGCGACGCAACGAGUCCCAGAAACUCCGAAGUUGGUACUGCCCAAGGACGUAGUGACGAAGCAGCAUUCUGAGGCCUCUACGGAGGUGCGUCCUACACAGGCCUCACAGGACCAAUUGACGCUUCUCCCUCCCCUGCCCACGUCACCGGUGUCGCCCAGCACGGCGGCAACGGACUCGUGCGCAUCGUCUCAAACGUUUUCAGAGCCCAACGUCGAGAGUAGGACACCAAGGGAACAUUCAGCGACGUCCACCGCUACUGUCCAGGGAUCUGCCUUUCCGUCGGCACGUGGCGCACACGCGGGGGAGCGUAGCGCCGGUAAAUUGAGAGGCAAUCCCGUUAACCGCGACGACGGUCCUGGCUCGCCUCUACCGCAGAUGCCGGCGACGGGGCAGGGUGAAGCUCGCCUUCGGCAGCGCAGCAUCACGGUUGCAUUCUUCGACGAGACGGAUCCAAAAGGUCUGCUGCACGAGCCCGUCCGCGCCGCCGAUGCCGCAACUACGCUUCCUUCUGCUCCCACAGCGGACGGCGACAACGCAGAACGCGACGAGUACUUCAAUGCAGACAGCUUCUCUGGUAGUGAGGUGGAGGCGGCAGAUGGAGUUGCUCAUACCGGAGCCGAUGCCGAUUGA